UGUUAUGAUAAGAAUAAAACGAAACCCUAGUUCCUUUAGCGAAUUCGGCAAGUAAGCGCAGACAUCGAUCAGAGAAGAGAAAAGCCCAAAAGUCUCUGAUAAUCACGGUUGGUCCACACUUUGUCCCGAUCUUUUGCCAAAGAUCAUCAACAUGGAUGCGCGUAACGAUUCGAUGAUAGAAAAUAACGGACGAGAAGUGUCUGAUUGGUCCAAGCUUUGUCCUGACCUUUUGCGAAAGAUUAUCGAAAGCUUGAACUCUAUUGACUACCACCGAGCAAAACUCGUUUGCUCAGAUUGGUAUUCGGUUUGGAAAACAUGCGUGAAGCGGCCUCUGUAUCCAUGGCGGAUCAUAUACUAUGAUGAUGAUUCUUCGAGUUUGUUCGAUCCCAGAGAAAACAAGAUUUACGAAACAAAACUCCUCGGACUUUCUGACAAUAGCUAUUAUAUGGCUAGCUCCGGAAACUGGCUCUUGAUGGUACAUUCUCGUCUCGAUUUCUAUAUUUUUAACCUGUUAACGUGCGAAAAGAUCAAUCUUCCCUCAAUGGAGUCGUCAAUUCGCGGUGGAAAAGUAAGAUUCGAGCCAAGCAGCGACUGUAGACAAGGCAAGUGGGGACACUUGGUCGAUCAUUUUUGUAAGACUCCCGUGUCGAAAGACAUCUUGGGGUACAAAAGAUCAGUUGUUCUUUGGAUAAACGAGAGGGCAGGGGAUUAUUUCGUUGCUUGGAUUUUCAAGAACCAAUAUAUGUUCACACACAAGAAAGGAGAUGAUUCUUGGUGGAACUGGAAUAAUAAUUGGGAUACGUUUCUUUUGGAUUUGGCUUAUAAGCACAACAAGCUUUAUCUGUAUACUUACCACGAUUCCAUCAAGAUUAUUGAUUUCUCUGGAGAUUCCCCUAAAGAAGAAAUAAAAAAAAACCCGUAUUGGGAUCAUCCGUUUCACUACCACAUUUCGCAAGGGGAAUAUAUUUGGAAGAGGAGAAUAGCCAUUCAGAAAUCAGGAGAGGUUUUGGUCAUCUUGAGUUAAACAAAAGAAGGGGUACAUUUGUUUUACGUCUUUAAGAUGAAUCUUGAGAGUGGCAAAUGGGAAAGAGUGCAUUCUAUCGGAAAUAAUGAGAUGCUGAUCUUUGGUCAUGGUGUUACAAUAAGAGCACCGGUUCAAGAUGUUGGUGAUGGAAUCAAGACUGGUUCAAUCUGUUUCGUUAAAGAUGACGUUUCGCCAUAUUAUAUGUGUUCAAAUUGCGGUGUCUUCGAUCUUGCCACAAGUAACAUGACAUGGUAUUAUUUGAAAAUCCAAAGGCACAAUCGUUGCUUUGGUAAUCGUGCCAUUCUCUCUCUCUUGCAGACGAGUUUCAGAUCCAGUUUCUCUUGUUAGAUAUGUUCUUCAUCGCCGGUCAAGGACUCUCAGAGGUCGGUCAGGAGUGAGUCAAUAAGCUUCUCCGUCAGCGGUGGUGUGGUGUCUCCUCAUCGAUGUGGCUGUGGCUUCGGUUUGACGGAGGAGGAAUUUUGCAGCGGUGGGUCACGGUUUAAAGGACGCUGUGGUUGCUUCAAAGUUCCUCAGGCUCAGCCGCUGCUCCGUUCGCUGCGACCACGGCGGAAGUUGAUGGGGUCUGGUGGGUUGCGUUGUUUGGCGAGGUGGUUAACGGUAGUUCCGGUGGCUCGGAGCUUAGAUGGCUGGUGCGGGUUCUGGGUUCAGAGGUUUUGUUGAGCCACCAUCUUCUGGAUCUGCCGCUUCUGGCAUCCAGAAGCCCGGAUUGAAGUUUAUUGGCUCUGGUUAAUCGAAAAGGUUUGGUUUGAGAAAAUUGGGGAUAAAUCCAGGUACGUCGGGUUGCUAGGUCAGGAUUCGUCGUCGUCGAACCUGCUGUCGGAGGGGCUAGCUUUCUAGGAGAUCUGUGUCGGGCUUGGUGCGUCGGAGGAAGGCGAGUGUGGUCGGGAACCGAAAUCUCUCGGCUGUGUUCUAGCUCCUUUGAGGCUUCCACGAAGCUGUGGUCUUGAUUUCGCCGGAUCUAAGGUUCCGGUCUCUCUACGGCAGAUGAUCAACAGGAUUCGAGCCUUUUUGAUUUUUCCGGCGAGUUUUCCGUUUAACCAUUUUUGUAACUGUUUCGAUUUUCUGUGUAGGCCUUGGCCCAAGCCCAUUUGGGUAGUUGGGUAUAUUAAUAUAAGUUGUUUUCUAAAAAAAAAAAAAAAAAAAAAAAAAAAA